AUGAAGGAACAGAAUCCACCCGAAACGCUUCAAAGCCUCCUCAAAUAUGAGCACAAACCUGGUCAGGCACAAAGGUUUCUCGCUUGCGUGGGAAAAAAUUUCAGGUGGCCCUCCUCCAUGCCGGAAUAUUUCAGAGGAGAUGCCUUCGAACAAAUUGCUGAUGUUGAAUUCGAAUUUGAUGAUGAGAUUGGGUUUAACCUUAUAUUUUUUUACAACGCGCUUGACACUGGUAAAUUUUCUGGGCACGAAGAUGAGUGGGUAACGGUGUACAACCAGAAGAUAAUAGAGUACGGACAGGAGUAUGAUGCUGAAAAAUUGAACAGCAUUCUCGAAACUAUGCCUAGCGCCAUCCAACUCCCGGUUGAUCUGACACGUCUGCCUCGUAGUAAGCCAGCAAAGAUCGUGACUGUUCAGCGUACUAAUAAUGGAGAUGACUUCAAGGUCAGAGUUCGUGUUAGAAGACCCGGAGAAGCCAAUGUCGUCAUUCUACCAUAUGAUUUUUAUGACAAUACGAAUAAAAACAAAAAGUAUUCCUGUGUAGUUGAUACAGGUGCACCCGAAACAAUAUUACCAUAUCACGUUAAAAGGAUACUUGGAAGGAGAGGUUGGAAUACAACAUCAUCACUAAUAGCUGGGGGAUAUGGUGCACCUGCUAGACAAAUUCGUGCAUCUACGAUGUUUGAGUUGUCCGUUGGUGAUAACAACAAUUGGAGUAAAUGGGUUCAUGCCCGAAUUUUACUCUGGGAAAAUCGUCCCGGAAAUCAAGUAAAAUAUGCCCUCGUUGGCAAUGAUAUCACGGAUCAAUUGGCUUAUGCACAUGAGCCAGGAAACCCAUUAAAGUUCUUAGAUAUUGGAGAUGAGACCAGACUCACUACAUUUUUGAAUACCUGUCAUUAA